AUGGCCGACGCACUAAAAGCAGAGGGUAACAAGCUCUUCGCAGAGAAGAAGUUCGCCGAGUCCAUCGAGAAGUUCUCCCAGGCAAUCGAACUCGACCCCCAAAAUCACGUCCUCUACUCGAACCGAUCCGGCGCAUAUGCCUCGCUAAAGGACUGGCAAAAGGCUCUCGACGAUGCAAACAAGGUUACCGAGAUUAAGCCAGACUGGGCCAAGGGCUGGGGACGCAAGGGAACGGCGCUCCACGGCGAGGGUGACUUGGUGGCAGCCACAGAAGCCUUCGAAGAGGCACUCAAGCUCGACCCAAGCAAUGCUCAGGCAAAACAAGGCCUCGAUGCCGUCAAGCGCGCAGUCGAAGCUGAGGCGAACGACAGCGGUGUCGGCCUCGGUGGCAUGUUUAACGACCCCAACAUGAUCCAGAAGCUCGCGGCGAACCCCAAGACAGCCUCCCUCCUCGGCGAUGCAGAGUUCAUGGGCAAGCUCCAGCAGCUACAGAAGAACCCGAACAUGGCUGGCCAGUUCAUGCAAGAUCCCCGCUUCCUCUCCGUCAUGAGCGUGCUACUAGGCAUCGACAUGUCUUUCGGUCAAGGGCCAGGUGCUGGAGGAGCAGGCGAUGCAGGCACAAAGGAGGCCGAGGAGGACGUCGAGAUGCCCGACGCGCGACCAGCUCCCGAGCAACCGAAGAAGGCGCCCGAGCCUGAACCGGAGCCCGAGCCAGUAGAGGAGUCUGAGGAAGACAAGGCUGCGAAGAAGGCAAAGGCCGAGGCGGACGAGCUGAAGAAGAAGGGCACCGAGUUCUACAAGAAGCGACAAUUCGACGAGGCUAUCGAAAACUACAACAAGGCAUGGGAGACACACAAGGACAUUGCAUACAAGACCAACCUUGGAGCUGCCAAGUUUGAGAAGGGUGACUACGAGGGCUGCAUCCAGGCUUGUGAAGAGGCUGUCGAGUACGGUCGUGAGAUCCUGGCCGACUUCAAGAUCAUCGCCAAGGCCUUUGCACGUAUCGGUACCGCGUACGAGAAGAUGGGCGAUCUCGCCAACGCAGUCAAAUACUACCAAAAGGCACAAACCGAACACCGCACACCCGAAGUCCUCGCAAAGCUCCGUGCAGCGGAAAAGGCCAAGGCCAAACAAGAGAAGGAGUCAUACAUCAACCCCGAAGAGGCUGAGAAGGCGCGUGAGCUCGGCAAUGCUAAGUUCAAGGAGUCCAACUGGCCCGAGGCCGUCGAGGCAUACUCCGAGAUGAUCAAGCGCGCACCAGACGACCCAAGAGGAUACUCCAACCGCGCUGCCUGCUUCAUCAAGUUGCUAGAGUUCCCAUCGGCUGUAGCAGACUGCGACGAGGCGAUUAAGCGCGAUCCAGACUUCAUCCGAGCCUACCUGCGGAAAGCCCAAGCCUACUUCACCAUGCGCGAGUACAACAAGUGUGUUAACGUAUGCGCGGAAGCCAUGGAGCACGACAAGGACGGCAAGAAUGCACGUGAGAUUCAGCAACAAGAAGCCAAGGCUCUGCAAGCACAGUACUCGGCACGCGAGGGCGAGACCGAACAACAGACCAUGGAGCGUAUCCAGCGGGAUCCAGAGAUCGUCGGCAUCCUCCAAGACCCCGUCAUGCAGGCCAUCCUCCAGCAAGCCAAGGACGACCCCGCAGCGCUGCAAGAGCAUCUCAAGAACCCCAGCAUCCGCUCCAAGAUUCAGAAGCUGGUGCACGCUGGUGUCAUCAGGAUGGGACGUUAG